AUGGUAACGACGGCCUGUUGCCGGGGCAACCAUUGCUUGAGCCGGACCAGCCAAUCACUGCUGGAUAUUUUAGAUGGGAUUGUGAUUAUGUACAACCUAAGUGUUCAUCAACAGCUCAGCCCUGUCACCCGACCCAGAGCCCUGUCACCCGACCCAGAGCCCUGUCACCCGGCCCAGAGCCCCUUCACCCGGCCCAGAGCCCUGUCACCCGACCCAGAGCCCUGUCACCCGGCCCAGAGCCCUGUCACCCGGCCCAGAGCCCUGUCACCCGGCCCAGAGCCCUGUCACCCGGCCCAGAGCCCUGUCACCCGGCCCAGAGCCCUGUCACCCGGCCCAGAGCCCUGUAACCCGGCCCAGAGCCCUAGCCCCUUCCACCCGGCCCAGAGCCCCGUCACCCGGCCCAGAGCCCUGUCACCCGGCCCAGAGCCCAGAGACCUGUCACCCGGCCCAGAGCCCUGUCAGAGCCCUAGCCCAGAGCCCUGUAACCCGGCCCAGAGCCCUGUCACCCGGCCCAGAGCCAGUAACCCGUCACCCCCGGUCCAGAGCCCCGUCACCCCCGGCCCAGAGCCCAGUCAGAGCCCGGCCCAGAGCCCUUCACCCGGCCCAGAGCCCUGUCACCCGGCCCAGAGCCCAGUCACCCGGCCCAGAGCCCUGUCACCCGGCCCAGAGCCCCUUCACCAGAGCCGCCCAGAGCCCCGUCAACCCGGCCCAGAGCCCUGUCACCCGGCCCAGAGCCCUGUAACCCGGCCCAGAGCCCUAGCCCUGUCGUUGUCACCCGGUCCAGAGCCCUGUGGCCCAGAGCCCUGUCACCCGUGUAACCCGUGUGCAGAGCGUGUGUCCUAG